AUGGUUAAUGGUUCUGGUUCUGGUUCUGGUCCUGGUGUUGUCCCUGGCCCUGAGGGAGGUUCCUCGGGAAGCCUCAACCGUGAAGACGGUUUCGUAGACCCGGCCGCUGAAGGUGAGAGGGCGGCCCGGGAUGAGGAGACCGCUCGCCGACAUAACGAGACUAUCAAGACUACCUGCCAAGCCGUUGGUUCCCACAAGGACUCCUCUUCGUCUGAGCCAUGUGAGACGUCGAUCCCCCCUGUGCACGCGUACGGCGGCCUGCCGACCGUGAUGCAAGUUUCGGCCCCUAUGCCGGAGAAGUAUGAUGGAACAGGGGAUUUACGAUUGUGGUUUCGGCGUUACGAGAAUUGUGGCCAGGCAGUAGGAUGGUCAGAGGGGGCGAUGGCGGCCCACCUUGGUGGCUAUCUUGCUGGCCAAUUCUUUGAGUGUUGGGAGAAGAACGCUAAAUGUGGCCCCUAUCGACAAGGAAAGGCACUGCUACUCGAUCUCUUCGACCGACGUGUGGCCGAUCAGUCAUUGGAGCGGUUCUAUGCAACAAAGUGGGACCGCAAGUCCAAAAUUGGCCUGUUUGUGACGAAGCUCUUUACGACCAUCGAUGAGUACAACGCCACACUGCCCGCGGCCGAACAAUCGUCUGAUAAGACGAGAGGGCGUAUGGUAUUGGACCGCCUCGUAGCCAAUGUCUCCGGGGGAGCGAAGACGGCCUUGAGGAAUAAGAAACCCUCUACGGUAGCAGAUAUGUGCAGGAUUGUAGAGGACCACACUCACUCCGAGGACACUCAAGAAAAGGCAAAACAGCCUCCUCAAGCCGCGGUGGCCGCAGAAAUGAUCCUUCCGGAUACUAUGAGAGCAUUUACUGAGACUAUGCAGGCGGUCAUCCAAGAGAUCAAAGGGUUGAAGACGACUUUCCCGGGCGAUGCCCAAGGAAAGGGGAAGGGGGUGAGAAGGCUACCGCCGGUGAAGAAGUGUCCUAUUUGUCAAGGUGGUCAUUAUGUCUUCCACUGCCCGGAGAAGAAAUAUGAGAAAGGGUGCUUUCUUUGUGGCCAGAACGAGCACAGGGUACGUAGUUGCCCGCAGUUAAAGAAUAAGGUCUCGGCGGGAAACGAGGAGGGCGGCCGCUAA